UCUUCCCUGCUCACCCCCUAGAUUCUAAGGCUCAGCCUUCUCCGCGCCCAUCAUCUCGGGGGUCGGGGCUGUAGGGGACCCCCUGCAGUCCCCAGAGCUGAGGCCAGCAGGGAUAGAGACUAUGAGGCGAGCAGCCCACCGACCCAGGCCUCCUUAGGAUCAGCCGGGCUGCCCAGCACGCUAUCCAGCUAGCAAGCAACAGCGGAGAGAGGAGCGGGAGAUAAAGGACCACAACGGACCUUUGGGGAUCACCCCCAGCAGCCUGAGGACCCUAAGCCGGCUGAGGGGUCGUGAUGGAUGGCCAGACUCACAGACGCUGACGGACACACAAUGACACCGAUGCACACAGCUGCACAACACUGAGAUGCUCGGAUACCAGCAGUGACAGCAUCACAUACUGCCACAGCGCUGCAAUACAGACACCCACACACACACAGAAACAGCUGGUAACUCCGAAACAGGCGCAGACAGUGACACACAGAACCGCUACCCUCCACCACACACAAGUGGGGAUACCACCCUCCAAACGCGCACACAAGGCAGCGCUGACCUGAACAGACAGACCUGGAGGCACGCACACCCAGGCUCUGCUGUCGGCGGCUUCUGCACACCCUCCCAGCCCUCACGGGGACACCCUGGCACAUACACAGUCACAAACAGACAUAGCUCACAUACCCCCGGCUCUAGCUCUGGCCAUCCCGACUCCCGCAGCCUCCUUUGUGGGUGAGGAAGAACUCGGUCAACCUCGGAUGGAGCCCCGGUAAAGCCAAUUGCUCAGAGAGGAAAGGGUUUGGUCUGGCAUGACCCUUGCCAGCCCUUCCACUUGGCUGGGUGAUGUCCCCCAGCCCGAGUCCUGGGGCCCCUUGGCAGUACCAUGGAGCAACUGACACCCCUCCUACGGCUGGGGGACCCCAGAGCUAUGGAGCCAUGGGCACAGCCUGCCUGGCAGAGCUGGAUUCCAGGACAGGAGGGCGAACCUGGAGGUGCAGCCCCAAGCACUGUCGAUACUCCGGCAGCUCUGCAGGUUGGAGAACUGAGGCCUUUGGAGAGCUCUGAGCCCAAGGGAGCCUGGAGCCCUGGGCCUGUGGGGGACAUUGACCCUGAAGGAACAGAAACCGGGCUGCCCAGCUUGGGGCAGCAAGCAGCGAGCUCCGGACCCAGCUGCCCAAGGCUGGAGGACGAGGAGGUGGAGGCUUUCCAUGAGGGCAAGCUGAGCAUGGGCUUCGGGGAUAGGCCCAGCCUGGAGUUGCUGAGGGCCCUGAGGGAGCUGCGGCAGCACUGUGCCAUCCUCAAGGAGGAAAACCAGAGGCUGAGGAGGAGCAGCUUUCCAGAGACGGAGGAGAAGGUGCGGAGGCUGAAGCGAAAGAACGCCGAGCUGGCGGUCAUUGCCAAGCGCCUGGAGGAGAGGGCCCGGAAGCUGCAGGAGACUAACCUGAAGGUGGUGAGUGCCCCUGUGCCCCGUCCAGGGCCCAGUUUGGAGCUGUGCCGAAAGGCCCUGGCCCGCCAGCGAACCCGGGACCUCAGUGAGACAGCCAGCGCCCUGCUGGCCAAGGACAAGCAGAUUGCUGCUUUGCAGCGGGAGUGCAGGGAGCUGCAGGCCAGGCUCACCCUGGCGGGCAAGGAGGGCCCCCAGUGGCUCCACUUGAGGGACUUCGACCGACUGCUUCGCGAGUCCCAGCGGGAGGUGCUGCGGCUGCAGAGGCAGAUCGCCCUGCGCAACCAGCAGGAGCCGUCCCCGCCGCUCCGGCCCCCGGGCCCCACUGUCCGGGUCAAAGCAGGAGCGCCCACCCCCAGGGCCCCGGGACAGGCUACUCCCCAGGAGGAUGUGGAAACCCCACCCGUGGUCCUAGAGGAGCCAGAGAAACAACAGAGGGUGCAGCAGCUGGAGUCAGAGCUUAGCAAGAAGCGGAAGAAAUGCCAGAGCCUGGAGCUGGAAGCCCGAAAAAAGCAGAGGCGAUGUGAGGAGCUGGAAUUGCAGCUGAGAGAAGCCCAGAAUGAGAAUGCCCGCCUCGUGGAUGAGAACUCCCGGCUCAGUGGGAGAGCCACGGAGAAGGACCAGGUGGAGUGGGAGAAUGCAGAGCUGAGGGACCAGCUCCUGGGGGUGACACAGGAGAGGGACUUGGCCCUUCGCAAGAGCCAGGGCCUGCAGAGCAAGCUGGAGAGCCUGGAGCAGGUGCUGAAGCACAUGCGGGAGGUGGCCCAGCGGCGGCAGCAGCUGGAGGUGGAGCAUGAGCAGGCUCAGCUCAGCCUUCAGGAGAAGCAGGAGGAGGUCCGGAGGCUGCAGCAGGCCCAGGCAGAAGCUAAGAGGGAACAUGAAGGGGCCGUGCAGCUGCUGGAGUCUACCCUGGAUUCCAUGCAGGUCCGGGUUCGAGAGCUCGAGGAGCAGUGCCGCAGCCAAACAGAACGCUUCAGCCUCUUGGCACAGGAACUCCAGGCCUUCCGCCUGCACCCUGGCCCCUUGGAUCUGCUCACCUCAGCCUUGGGCUGCAGUACCCUUGGGGAUCGCCCACCACCCCCCUGCUGCUGCUCCAACCCCCAGCCCUGCCGGGGAUCCGGCCCCAAAGAUUCUGACCUCCCGCCGGGCUCCCCAGGACGCUGCACCCCAAAGUCUUCUGAGCCUGCCCCUGCCCCCCUUCCCGGGGUCCCUCGAAGGACAGCCAAGAAGGCAGAGUCUCUCUCCAACUCCUCUCACUCUGAGUCCAUCCACAACAGCCCAAAGUCAUGCCCUACGCCUGAGGUGGACACAGCUAGUGAGGUGGAGGAGCUGGAGGCAGACACCGUCUCCCUGCUCCCAGCAGCGCCAGAGGGCAGCCGGGGAGGAGCCAGGAUCCAGGUCUUCCUAGCACGCUAUAGCUACAACCCCUUCGAGGGCCCCAAUGAGAAUCCAGAGGCAGAACUUCCGCUUAUUGCUGGCGAGUAUAUCUACAUCUAUGGCAACAUGGAUGAGGAUGGCUUUUUUGAAGGAGAGCUCAUGGAUGGCCGAAGGGGCCUGGUUCCUUCCAAUUUUGUAGAGCGCGUGUCGGACGACGACCUCCUGACCUCCCUCGCUUCGGAGCUGGCCGAUUUGUCCCACAGUUCAGGCCCUGAACUUAGUUUCCUGAGCGGUGGUGGAGGCGGCAGCAGUAGCGGGGGCCAGAGUGUCGGGGGACGCAGCCAGCCCAGAUCAGAGGAGGAGACUGCAGGGGAUGAGCUCAGUCUGAGCCCCUCACCCGAAGGCCUGGGCGAGCCCCGUGCUGUGCCUUACCCCCGCCACCUGGCCGUCCUCAAGCAGCUGGCCCACAGCGUGGUGCUGGCCUGGGAGCCGCCUCCUGAGCGAGGGGAGCUGCGUGGCUACCAGAUCUGCGUGAACGGGGAGCUGCGUCAGGCCCUGGGACCUGGGGCGCCCCCCAAGGCUGUGCUUGAAAACCUGGACCUGCGGGCCGGGCCGCUCCGUGUUUCCGUGCAGGCCCUGACCAGCCGGGGCAGCUCUGACCCUCUGCGCUGUUGCUUGGCCAUGGGUGCCAGGGCCGGGGUGGUACCUACCCAGCUACGCGUCCAUCGACUGACAGCCACUUCUGCUGAGAUCACCUGGGUGCCCGGCAAUAGCAACUUGGCUCAUGCCAUCUACCUCAACGGGGAAGAAUGCCCCCCUGCCCGCCCCAGCACCUACUGGACCACCUUCUGCAACCUGCGGCCUGGCACACUCUAUCAGGCCCGCGUGGAGGCUCAGCUCCUACCUGGCGGAUCCUGGGAACCAGGCUGGGAGAGGCCGGAGCAGCGGACUGCCACCCUGCAGUUCACGACACUCCCAGCAGGCCCACCCGAUGCCCCCCUGGAUGUGCAGAUUGAGCCGGGGCCCUCUCCUGGAAUCUUGAUCAUCAGCUGGCUCCCCGUAACCAUAGAUGCUGCUGGGACCUCCAAUGGCGUCCGCGUCACAGGCUAUGCCAUUUAUGCCGAUGGGCAGAAGAUCAUGGAGGUGGCCUCGCCCACAGCGGGCAGCGUGCUGGUGGAGUUGUCCCAGCUGCAGCUGCUGCAGGUGUGCAGUGAGGUGGCCGUGCGCACCAUGUCGCCCCAUGGCGAGUCGGCCGACUCCCUCCCAGCUCCCGUGGGCCCGGCCCUGGCUGCGGCCUGCCUGCCGGCCAGGGUCUCCUGCCCCUCACCACGGCCAGGCUCAGAGGCCAGGCCGCCCCUUGCUCCAGCCUCUCCAGCUCCCGGAGACCCCAGCUCUCCCCUCCGAUGCCCCGAGCCCCAUGGAACUAGAGAGCCCCAUGGAGUUCCAGCAGCAAGCCCUCCCAGAGAGACAAGAGGAUCCCAAGAGGAGCCCACAGCACCUUGCUCCCAGGAGGAGGCCGGGGCAGCUGUGCUGGGCACCUCAGAUGACAGGAGGGCCAGAGAGCCAGCCGUGGGGGAGGGAGCUCCCGGCCCUGCAGCGUCCUCAUUGGCCCAGGACGAGGCUGAGGGGACCGCGGGAGAGGCCUGCCUGGCACCCUGCUCCACGGAGGGGGCACCGGCCCCGGAGGUGCUCUGUGCUGAGGCCAGCCUUGGAGGAGACACGGGGGCUGGGCUGAGGCCCAGGGCUGAGAAGGAGGACAUGGCAGAGCUCGGGGUGCGUCUGGUAAACUCCCUUGGGGACCAUGGCCGAAACUCAGAUCUGUCAGACAUCCAAGAGGAGGAGGAAGAAGAGGAGGAAGAGGCGCUGGGUUCCAGGGCUUGCUCUUUCCAGAAGCAGGUUGCUGGCAUCAGUGUCAGGGAGAAUGGGCCCAAGCCCCAGCCCCAGCCCCAGCCUGAGCCCUUCUCUGAGACUGACAGUGACGAGGAGAUCUUGGAGCAGAUCCUGGAGCUGCCCCUCCAGCAGUUCUGCAGCAAGAAGCUUUUUAGCAUCCCGGAGGAGGAGGAGGAGGAGGAGGAGGAGGAGGAGGAGGAGGAGCAGGAGCAGGAGCAGCCUGGGGCAGGCUCUUCUUCCCAGGACCGCAGCCCGCGGGAGCCUGCAUUGCUGGAGCUGGGCAGUGACAGCAGUCGUCCUCAAAGACCUGGACCAUGUCCCUUGUCUCCUGAGCCCUGCAGUGCCGGGGACCACCUGGAGGACAUGGCAGGACUAGUUAGUGGAAGCAGCUGGGGGAGAGGAAGUGGCUCGACCGAGAAGCCCCCAAACCGCAAGCGGUCCGCAGAUCCCCGCGAACACUGCAGCCGCCUUCUCAGCAACGGCGGGACCCAGGCUGCUGGACGACCCGGCCCCACACGGGAGAGGGGUGGCCCACCUGUGGGCGAGGGCACCAGGGGUGGACCAGAGGCUGGUGGGAGAGGGCGGCCAGCCCCUUCCCAGAGGUACCCUCAUGGCCGGACGCCAGAAUCUAUCCUGACCAGCUGCCUCUCCCCCAAGUGCUUGGAAAUCAGCAUCGAAUAUGAUUCUGAGGAUGAGCAGGAGGCAGGCGGCGGGGGUGUCAGCAUCACCACCAGCUCCUGCCACCUCAGAGACGGGGAGGCCUGGGGCACGGCGCCCAUAGGAAGGUCCAGGGGAGCUCGGAAGGCCAAUUCAGGCCCCAGCCCCUACCCAUGCCUCCCGGCCUGGGAGAGAGGGGAGCCAGAGCGGAGAGGCUGCAGUGCGACUGGCAGAGCCAAGGAGCCAGCCUCCCGGGCAACGGAGAUUGGAGAGCCCAGAGGGCAGGACAGGUCUGGGCAGAGGGGCCCCCUUCGGAGAGGGACCCGAGCCCCCAGGCCAGACGCCACUGAGCUGGCCCCUCCGAGGAGCCGCCCAGAAGAAGUGCUGGCUCACCAGGACCUACCUGUCAGGGUCUUCGUGGCUCUGUUUGACUACGAUCCUGUGUCAAUGUCACCCAACCCCGAUGCUGGGGAAGAGGAGCUCCCCUUCCGGGAAGGCCAGAUCCUGAAGGUGUUUGGGGACAAGGAUGCUGAUGGCUUCUACCGGGGCGAAGGUGGAGGCCGGAUGGGCUACAUCCCCUGCAACAUGGUGGCUGAGGUGGCUGUGGACACUCCUGCAGGGAGUCAGCGGCUGUUUCAGCAGGGUUAUUUGUCCCCGCAUGGUCGCGUUGAGGGCUCAGCCCGAACAACUGGGCCUCCCCCCAAGCCCCGCCGCUCCAAGAAAGCUGAGUCAGAAGGUCCUGUGCAGCAUGGUGCAGGCCCCCCCCAGCUGGUCUCCUCUGCCAGCCUGAGAGCCCCCCGCUCCAUGGUGGCUGCGUUUGACUACAACCCUCGGGAGAGCUCCCCCAACAUGGAUGUGGAGGCAGAGCUGCCCUUCCGAGCAGGGGACAUCAUUACUGUGUUCGGGGGCAUGGACGAUGAUGGCUUCUACUAUGGGGAACUAAAUGGACAGAGGGGCCUGGUUCCGUCCAAUUUCUUGGAGGGCCCUGGGCCUGAGGCGGGCAGCUCCCACAGGGAGCCUGGGACACCCCCGGCCGAGAGUCAGGACUGGGCUGGCUCAACACAAGUGCCCCCAGGGCCUCCAGGUGGGCCCUGUGCCCCUGGCCCUGGCAGCCUUCCCAGGAUUGAACUGGGGGCGCCACAGGGCACAAGCGAGAAGGUGCGGGACCUCUUCUCCAAGGGGAAGCAGCUCCUCAGGAAACUGGGCUCUGGGAAGAAGGCGUGAUGCUCUGGCGCAUCCUGCAGAAGGAAGUGGUCCCCGGAGGCGCCUCCCCUUGCUCCCCCCCCCCCCCCCCCGCCCCGUUCCUGUCCUGGGGGUGGGGUGGGAGGACGGCCCUGGACUUCUAUUCUGAAUUAACACUGUGGCAAUUGGAAUGGAAUCAGAGACUCGGGGAAGGUCAGAGCUAAAUGAGUCCUUGAGGAUGAAUCCUCUGAAUGGGCACCUUCCUCUUAUAGGAGGGGAAACAGGCCCAGAGAGGAAGGAACUCACCAUGGUCACAGAGCCAGGACUGGACCCGGGACUCUUGGCUCUUAGUACACCCACCUCUGCCUAGUUUCUCACCACGGGAUGCUAGUCCCUUCUCUGGCCUUCCCCCUCCUAGGACAGGGGACCCUGGGGGAGAAAGGGGCCUGUUCCCUUGGAUGGCACUGGCUCUCCCGAUCAUGUCUUCCCUCCCCUGAAGGAAAGUUUGCACUGGAUUGUCCCGAGCCCCUCCCCACAGGCUGUGUAUAUAUGUACAUACUCAGUGCCUCAGUCUAGCUUCCUCCAUCUCGCAUCCAUUGCACAGGCCCGGGAAGGAGAAAGGCCAUGCCAAAGCGGGCCUAACCCCCAGAGUGCUCCACCCCUCCCUCCAGCCCGGCCUCUGGCCCCUGUGUGCCCCCAACCCCAGAGACCCAGGGGGCCAGAGGCAGAAAGCAGGGGUUGGGUUUGCCUUAUUUUGCUCAUCAGAUUGAAUUUCUCUUUUGCUUCGUUUUCCUCUGGCCCCUGCUGGAGCGCGGGCUGGGGGAAGGACAGAUUUAUGCAGCUAUUUUCAUACAUUCCCAGUUCAGAGCGGGGCGGGGGCGGGGCUCUCCACCCUCCCCUCACCAUCCAUCCCACCGCCUUCGCCUUCGGGGUGAGUGUCUGCAUGUUUUCUUCGCUGUGGUGGGAGUGUUUGACUGAACCCCACCCCCACCUUGGUCUCCAGGGGUGAGGAGUGGUGGGGGUAUUUGUUUAAAAAGACAUUUUAUUAUAAUAAAGUCUAUUUUCACAAAACCCAUGCUGGAUUCUACCUCGGGCGAAGGACUCCUCAGGGGGCGGGUCAUGCUGGAUUUGAGAACCUAGACGUUACAUCCCAGGGUGCCCGGGGCAAAAUGAAUGAACAGCAAGCAGCUGUUGAGUUUCUUCUCUGGAGAAGAAAAUUUGUCAGCUUCCUGAGUCCCUGGUUGCAGGGCCAGGUGUUAGAGUUGGGGCAGGGUCCUGGAGGGAGAAAGAGAAGGGGAUGAAGGGAGCACAGAGAGAAGGCGCAUUCUGCAAUCUUGAGUCCCCUGUACCAAACUCAGGGAAACAAAAGAGGCAAGAAAAACUAACCAAAGAAGCAAACACUCACCAUGCAUAGCAAGACUAGAAACGGCAGGAUUCCAGAAAAGACAAACAGAUGGGAGAUCCUGCUCAGAACCCUCCAAGCAGGCUGCCUGUGGGGGAGUUCCUGCACGCUGCUCCCUGCUCCGGCCUGGAGGUGGCCCAGAGCAGAAGACACCCCAGGGCUACGGACAGCCG